CCGUUGCUAUGGGGACUGGUGGUGAAGGGGGAAAGCCCCGGAUGUUCGUUGGGGAUUCAACAUGGCGGCGGCGGUAGCCGCUGUGGCAGCGGUGCAAGAGAGCUGAGGGCGGCGUGAGGGAGCGGAAUUCCGGGCCGAAUAGCUAGGCUGUGAGCUUCUGCGGCGCCGAGCUGAUGAGUAACCCGAAGCCCCGAGGGGAGACAUCACCUGCCCAAGGGCACUUCUAGCCCAGCCAGCCUCAAACCAGCGCCUCAAGCGCAGAGGCUCCGGCACCAUGUUUGGGAAGAGGAAGAAGCGGGUGGAGAUCUCAGCACCUUCCAACUUCGAGCACCGUGUGCACACAGGCUUUGACCAGCAUGAACAAAAGUUCACAGGGCUGCCCCGCCAGUGGCAGAGCCUGAUCGAGGAGUCAGCUCGCCGGCCCAAGCCCCUCGUGGACCCCGCCUGCAUCACCUCCAUCCAGCCCGGGGCUCCCAAGACCAUCGUGCGUGGCAGCAAAGGUGCCAAGGAUGGGGCCCUCACGCUGCUGCUGGAUGAAUUUGAGAACAUGUCGGUGACACGCUCCAACUCCCUACGGAGAGACAGCCCACCACCCCCAGCCCGUGCCCGCCAGGAGAACGGGGUGCCAGAAGAGCAGGCUGCCGCAGCCAGAGUGGGCCCAGACAAGGCCAGCAGCCGAGGCCGGGUCACCACUCACAGUGAGGCGGGUGCUGGCAGUGGUGACAGCCGGCGAGUGGGGCCAGAGAAGAGGCCCAAGUCCUCCAGGGAAGGCCCAGGAGGGCCCCAGGAGUGCUCCCGAGACAAACGCCCUCUCUCCGGGCCUGAUGUUGGCACUCCCCAACCUGCCAGUCUAGCCAGAGGGGCAAAACUGGUGGCUGGCAGGCCUUUUAACACGUACCCACGGGCCGAUACGGACCACCCAUCCAGGGGUGCCCAGGGGGAGCCUCACAAUACAGCUCCCAAUGGGCCAUCCAUGGGGGGCCUGGCAGCCCCCCAAUCCUCUUCCUCCCGGCCUCCUGCCCGAGGCCGUGGUGCUCCCAGCCCUGGAGUGCUGGGCCCCCAUGCCUCUGAGCCCCAGCUGGCCCCUCCAGCCCGCACCCUCACUGCCUCUGCUGCACCCCCAGCCCCCGGCCCCCCUGGCCCCCGCUCACCCCAGAGGGAGCCCCAGAGAGUGUCCCAUGAGCAGUUCCGGGCUGCCCUGCAGCUGGUGGUGGACCCAGGGGACCCCCGCACCUACCUGGACAACUUCAUCAAGAUUGGCGAGGGCUCCACAGGCAUCGUGUGCAUCGCCACUGUGCGUAGCUCAGGCAAGCUGGUGGCGGUCAAGAAGAUGGACCUUCGCAAGCAGCAGCGCCGUGAGCUGCUCUUCAAUGAGGUGGUGAUCAUGCGGGACUACCAGCACGAGAACGUGGUGGAAAUGUACAACAGCUACCUGGUGGGGGAUGAGCUCUGGGUGGUGAUGGAGUUCCUGGAGGGUGGCGCCCUCACUGACAUUGUCACCCACACCAGGAUGAACGAGGAGCAGAUUGCUGCCGUGUGCCUGGCUGUGCUGCAGGCCCUGUCUGUGCUCCAUGCCCAAGGUGUCAUCCACCGGGACAUCAAGAGUGACUCGAUCCUGCUGACGCACGAUGGCAGGGUAAAGCUGUCGGACUUCGGUUUCUGUGCCCAGGUGAGCAAGGAAGUGCCUCGGAGGAAGUCACUGGUAGGCACGCCCUACUGGAUGGCUCCAGAGCUCAUCUCCCGCCUUCCCUACGGGCCAGAGGUGGACAUCUGGUCGCUGGGGGUAAUGGUGAUUGAGAUGGUGGACGGGGAGCCUCCCUACUUCAAUGAGCCACCUCUCAAAGCCAUGAAGAUGAUUCGGGACAACCUCCCACCCCGACUGAAGAACCUGCAUAAGGUGUCGCCAUCUCUAAAGGGCUUCCUGGACCGCCUGCUGGUGCGAGACCCGGCCCAGCGUGCCACAGCGGCCGAGCUGCUGAAGCACCCGUUCCUGGCCAAGGCGGGGCCGCCCUCCAGCAUCGUGCCCCUCAUGCGCCAGAACCGCACCAGAUGAGGCCCAGCGCGCUGGCCCUGCACCAAAGAGCCCCUGGUCACCUGCUCUGCCAGAUGCCAGUAAGGGCCAGCCCACUCCUCCAGCCCACAGGACACUCCAUGCCGCACUGCCCUCCUUGCAGGGCCUCUCGGGUCCCUACUACUGAACUUCAGUUUUGACUUUGUGACUGUAAAACAGACUCAUGGGAGUAGUGAUGCUCCCAGGACCCCACUGGGGGAUGGGCCCUUUAAUGUCCUCCUGUUCCCCGGCAGGAGAGUGGCCCACCCAUCACUGGAAAUCUGCAUUUGAGUCAGCAGGGCUGGAGAGAACACUUAGGAACAUGUGUGUUCACGGCGUGUGUGUGCACACAUGGAAAGCUCAGCUGCUCGGCCCUCAGCCGGCACGUUGGUGUCCCUGGAAGCUUGCCUAGCAUCCAGCCCCUGCCCCGGAGCCAGUGCAGGGUCGCUCGUGCUCAUGAAUAUCUGAGGAGUGGCCUUUUCCUGGGGGCCCUGCACACCCUUUCUGCGGCAGGAGGGGGCUGGUUGUUGCCUUCCCCACCCCCAGCCUCUGCAGCAAAUGACUACUGCGCCCAGACAGCCUCCAUUUUCUAGAAGUCUAUUUAUAUUGUCAUUUUAUAACACUAACCCUGCCCCCGCCUGGGGAUGGGGAACCCCUGUCUUACAGGUGGCACAGGGCACAGCCACUGCCUGAAAAAUCAGGUUCUUGCCCUGGUGGCACAGCCCUGCCCUGCACUACCCUCCCUCGUUAGUUUUACAAUUAAAACAAUUCUCGUUUU